AGAGUUUGACAGUUGUCAAAAGUAAAAUCAAAAAUAGAGGAGAGGAGAGGGCAAGAAAUAGAUAAUUUCCUUUUCCUUCCACAAAAAUGGCUUUUGCUUUGGUGAAAAAAGCCAUUAUUGCUAACCCGCAAGGCCUGCGAAAGACAGCAGGCAUUUUCUGCAAUGCCGCUAGAAACCAUUGGAAUUACCAAUAUAAGCCUGGUGCAUACCCUCAAACUCCUGAAGAACGAGCAGCCGCCGCUAAAAAAUAUGGGCUGACCAUUGAGGAAUACCAACCUUAUCCUGAGCAUAUGGGUUAUGGUGACUACCCCAAGCUCCCAGACAUUGGAGCUGACUCGAAAGACCCCUACUACCCAUAUGAUUCACCAGAAUUUAAAAGAAACUUCAAUGAACCUAUUCAUAUGAGUGCUGAAUUAUAUGGUGAGGACCGCUAUGACAUCAGCAUGAGGCCCCGCUUCUCCCUGCUGCACCAGUGGACAUGGUUUCUUGGCACUCUUGCUGGUUCUUUUGCCCUAUUCUUCUUCUUGGAAGACUACAAAGUUGGUCGCCCUGUAACUGCCAAACAGUACCCAUGGAAUGGACCACACUAUGAGUUUUGUACUCCCAAAUCCGAAUAAAUAUUUAUGUAGGAUGAAUUAUGUAUUUUAGUUAAUCAUUAAAUAAAAUCUUUUGGUUGCAAAA